AUGUAUAGAGAACAUAGUAUAUAUAAUAUGUCAAAAACAAUUAUUGGUAAACCAGCACCAGAAUUUACAUUAGAAGGUGUUUUUGAGUAUGAUUUUAAAAUGAUAUCUUUAAAUGAUUAUAAAGGAAAGUAUGUUGUCUUGUUUUUUUAUCCAAAUGAUUUUACAUUCGUCUGCCCAACAGAAAUAAUAGCAUUUUCAGAAAGAAUUAAAGAAUUUGAGGAAAUAGAUACUGUUGUCUUGGCUUGUAGUUGUGAUUCAAAGUAUAGUCAUUUUGCCUGGUUAUCAAUGGCACGUAAAGAAGGUGGCCUCGGUGAAAUGAAUAUUCCUGUUUUAUCUGAUUUUACAAAAAAAGUUGCAAGAGACUAUGGUGUUUUAAAAGAAGAUGAAGGUUCAUCUUUUAGAGGAUUAUUCAUAAUAGAUCGUGAAGGAAUCUUAAGACAAAUAACAAUUAAUGAUAUGUCUGUUGGUAGAUCAGUUGAUGAAACUCUUCGAUUAGUUAAAGCCUUUCAAUUUACAGAUAAAUAUGGAGAGGUUUGUCCUGCCAACUGGAAACCAGGUGAUAAAACAAUUAAACCAACUAUUGCGGAUGGUAAACAAUUUUUCAAAGAACAAAAUGAACAAUAA